CGCGGGCGGCGCCGAGGACGAGGCCGAGGGAGGGCCGGCCGGCGGGCGAGCGCCGCCGCCGACGCACACGAGGUGACCAGGCAUUGAUGCACCCCCAGGGAGGCCGCGCGCUCAAGGAGGCCACCCCCGCUGGCUGCUGCUCACAUGGUUUCUGGGCCCCUGGCACUCCGGUGGUGCGUGUGGGCAGGGCGUGGGGACAUGGGGCCCGACAUGGAGCUGCCCAGCCACUCGAAGCAGCUCCUGCUGCAGCUGAACCAGCAGCGGACCAAGGGCUUCCUGUGUGAUGUCAUCAUCAUGGUGGAGAACUCCAUCUUCCGGGCCCACAAGAACGUGCUGGCCGCCAGCAGCAUCUACUUCAAGUCCCUGGUCCUGCACGACAACCUCAUCAACCUGGACACGGACAUGGUCAGCUCCACAGUGUUCCAGCAGAUCCUGGACUUCAUCUACACCGGCAAGCUGCUGCCCAGUGAUCAGCCAGCCGAGCCCAACUUCAGCACGCUCCUCACCGCCGCCAGCUACCUCCAGCUGCCUGAGUUGGCAGCCCUUUGCCGGCGCAAACUCAAGAGAGCUGGCAAGCCCUUUGGCUCUGGGCGGGGAGGGGCCGGCCUGGGGCGGCCCCCCCGCAGCCAGCGGCUGUCCACGGCCUCUGUCAUCCAGGCCCGGUAUCCGGGGCUCGUGGACGGGCGCAAGGGGGCCCACACCCCCCAGGAGCUCCCCCAGGCCAAAGGCUCCGAUGAGGAGCUCUUCCUGGGCGGCUCCAGCCAGGAGAGCGCGCACGGCCUGGGCCGGCCGGUCUGUCCAGCCAGCGGGGAGGCCGGCCUGGGUGGCUGCAGCACUAAUGGCAGCGGUGGGGGCUGCGAGCAGGAGCUGGGCCUGGACUUGUCCAAGAAGAGCCCCCCGCUGCCCCCUACCACCCCUGGGCCCCCCCUCACCCCCGACGACCCAGCCCAGCUGAGCGACAGUCAGCAAGGCUCACCCCUCUCGGCUUCCGCCCCUCCCGUCACCAACAGUGCCUCUUACGCUGAGCUGGGGGGCACCCCCAGUGAGCCCAUGGAUCUGGAGGGGGCCGAGGACAACCCCCUGAGCCUAUUGGAGGGGCCGGGCGGGCAGCCCCCCCGCAAGAGCCUCCGGCACUCGUCCCGCAAGAAGGAGUGGGCCAAGAAGGAGCCCGUGGCCGCCUCCCCCUUUGAGCGGAGGGAAGCGGCGCCGAAGGGCCCCUGCCCAGGGGAGGAGGCCGAAGGGCUUGGGGACAGGGUUCCCAACGGCAUCCUGGCCAGCAAUGCGGUGGCGGGCGGGCCCUACGGGGAGCCCUCAUACCCCUGCAAGGAGGAGGAGGAGAACGGCAAGGAUGGGAGUGAGGACAGCGGGCAAAGCGGGAGCGAGGGCGGCAGCGGCCACGCCGGCGCCCACUACAUGUACCGGCAGGAGGGCUACGAGACGAUGUCCUACGGGGACAACUUGUAUGUGUGCAUCCCCUGCGCCAAGGGCUUCCCCAGCUCCGAGCAGCUCAACGCGCACGUGGAGACACACACGGAGGAGGAGCUCUUCAUCAAGGAGGAGGGUGCCUAUGAGACGGGCAGCGGGGGUGCUGAGGAGGAGGCAGAGGACCUGUCAGCGCCCAGCGCGGCCUAUGCAGCCGAGCCCCGGCCCUUCAAGUGCUCAGUUUGCGAGAAGACCUACAAGGACCCAGCCACUCUGCGGCAGCACGAGAAGACUCACUGGCUGACGCGGCCCUUCCCCUGCAACAUCUGCGGCAAGAUGUUCACGCAGCGUGGCACCAUGACGCGCCACAUGCGCAGCCACCUGGGCCUGAAGCCCUUUGCCUGUGAUGAGUGCGGCAUGCGCUUCACCCGCCAGUACCGCCUCACUGAGCACAUGCGCGUGCACUCGGGCGAGAAGCCCUACGAGUGCCAGCUGUGCGGGGGCAAGUUUACGCAGCAGCGCAACCUCAUCAGCCACCUGCGCAUGCACACCUCCCCCUCCUAGAAGCCAAAGACCCUUGUUGGCCUGCGGGUGCCCAGGAAAGCAGGGGGCACAGUGGCCGGGCCCCGGGUGUGGGGCGGUUCUUGGUGUAGCCCCCCCUGCCCCCCAGAGC